ACGAGGCGCCGCCGCCAUCUUUGCCCGGAGAGCAGCGAGCUGAUCGUGGCUGAGCCCCCCCGCCGGACCCAAUCGGUCUCCAUCCGCCCCGCGCAGCCCCCGCCGCCCUCACUCGCCGGACAUGGACGAUCGGGAGGACCUCGUCUAUCAGGCCAAGCUGGCCGAGCAGGCCGAACGCUACGAUGAAAUGGUUGAAUCAAUGAAAAAAGUGGCUGGAAUGGAUGUGGAGUUGACAGUUGAAGAACGAAAUCUGCUGUCUGUUGCAUACAAAAAUGUGAUUGGAGCUAGAAGAGCUUCUUGGAGAAUAAUCAGCAGCAUUGAACAGAAAGAGGAAAACAAGGGUGGAGAAGACAAAUUAAAGAUGAUCCGGGAGUAUCGGCAAAUGGUUGAGACUGAAUUGAAACUAAUCUGUUGUGACAUUCUGGAUGUACUGGACAAACACCUCAUUCCAGCAGCCAACACUGGCGAAUCGAAGGUUUUCUAUUAUAAAAUGAAAGGGGACUACCACAGGUAUCUCGCCGAGUUUGCCACAGGAAAUGACAGAAAGGAAGCCGCUGAGAACAGCCUGGUGGCUUAUAAAGCUGCUAGUGAUAUCGCAAUGACAGAACUUCCUCCUACACAUCCCAUCCGCCUAGGUCUUGCCCUCAACUUCUCUGUUUUCUACUAUGAAAUUCUUAAUUCUCCUGACCGUGCCUGCAGGUUGGCAAAAGCAGCUUUCGAUGAUGCUAUUGCAGAACUGGAUACACUGAGUGAAGAAAGCUAUAAGGAUUCUACACUUAUCAUGCAGUUGUUACGUGAUAAUCUGACACUAUGGACUUCAGACAUGCAGGGUGAUGGUGAAGAACAGAGUAAAGAAGCGCUGCAGGAUGUGGAAGAUGAGAACCAGUGAGACAUAAAGGCCAAUAAGAGAUCCCCCCAUCUCUGUCCCCCUCUCACCUCUCCCCCCCCCCUCGCCCUUCCCAGCCCCUCAGUGUCACUGGGAACCAUCCAAUCGAUUGUUUGCGAUGGCUCUCAGAAUUUAGGUUCCUGCCCUGUUGGUUUUUUUUUUUUUUUUUUUUUUACACAAUUGAAAAUUUCUUUUAAAGGCAAGAGUGAAUGUCUGUGGAUUUUACUGGUGCCAGCGUUCAGUUUCUUCUUUUAAGACACUAACCCGACUGGCUGCGUAGAGGCUUUUUUCCCCGCGUCACUCUGUCGUCUUCUGUCAGGGGUUGAAGGUGACAUCUGGAAGCCAUUAGAAUUCCUAGAGGAGGCUUGUUGUGCCGUGAGGGUGCUCCCGGCGGCAUUUUUUUCCUUUUUUUUAUAAUGGUUUAAACAAUUUUAUACCAGUGUUUAAAAAUUAAUUGGGCGUUUAGCUUGAAGUUACAGGUUGCGUUGAAACAGUUCUUGUAAUGGUUUUUGCUGUAAAAGAUAA